UACAAAUUUUAUCUGUAGUGUAGUAUAGUAUAGGAAGUGAAUUUCAAAGAUGCAAUGUUUAUUGCUUUUUGUUGUUAUAUUAUAUGUUACCGAUGUUAACACUCAGCUGUUGCAGUUAAAAAAUUUCAAAGUUGGUGAAUGUACAUAUCAGGGAGAACGUAAACAAUCUCCAGAACCAAGUCCAUGUUCAAGCAGCAAGACGACGAAGCUAAGAAAUGCUUCACCAAAUGCUGCUCUGUGGGAUGAUGGACGAGUACCAUAUAUCUUAAAAGGAUCUUUUACAGACCGUCAGAAGAGCAUUUUGGAAAAGGUUAUGGGCCUCUACAAAUAUUACACAUGCAUUAAAUUUGUACCCAAAACAAGAAAUGACAAAUCUUAUGCGAAAAUUAUCAAUGAGGUUAAUACAUGUUGCUCUGAAAUUGGUAAGGUUCCUGGGGGUGGUUUUACCGUAGUAGAUCUAGGUCCACGUUGUUUUGAAGAAGAAGAAGCUGGAACUGUAAUACAUGAAUUAAUGCACCUUAUUGGAUUUUAUCAUGAACAUAACAGAUCAGAUAGAAAUGAUUAUAUUGAGCUUACUCUGGCAAACGUAAAUCCAAAUUAUACAAGUGAAUUUGACAUAGAGAGUGGCAAUACGUUCAAUAUUCCCUACGACUACGAUUCAACCAUGCACUAUGGUCCUUUUCAUGGCGCUAGGUCAUAUUCCCACAAGAUCUUUGUUCCAAAAGAUAAGAGUGUGUCGGAGUCCCGUUUGGGACAGAUAUGUGGAUUUAGUAAACGUGACAUUACAAAAAUAAAUAUCUUGUAUAAUUGCCCGCAGAAGACUGCCGAACUAAACCUCAAAGAUGAUCUUCUUUACGGGGUGGAUAUAUCAACUGCAGAACAAGUAAAGUAUGAAAAAAAUGUAAAUCAAUGUACUACAUGCUAAAUAUGUACUAAUUUUUAGAUACUGGUUAAAGGUAAAAUUUACAUUAGUAUUCAUAUUACAUAUAGGUAUAGGUAUUAUACUUUUAAAAAUGUAAUAUUUUAAUAAUACAUUUUAUGGUGUAGGAGUCCA